CUCCUUUCUCCGCUUACUCCCCAAACGCGCGCCGCCGCCUACCUUCAAUAUCCUCCACCGCAGCGGAGCAAACUUAGGGCGGCUGCCGCGGACCGAAGAUGGGCAUCCAGAACCUCCUCAGAUUCCUCAAGCCGUUCAUCCGCCCUGUCCACAUCAAGAAGUACGCCGGCAAACGGGUCGGCAUUGAUGCCUAUUCAUGGCUUCACAAGGGAGCUUAUUCUUGUAGCAUGCAACUUUGCCUGGACAUGUCGGGGGAUGUAGCGAAUAGGUACCUCAGUUACUUCAUGCACCAUAUUAAUCUUCUCCGGCAUCAUCAGAUAACCCCAGUGGUAGUAUUUGACGGUGGCAAAAUCCCUUGUAAGUCAGCCACGGAGCACGAACGGCAGAGCCGAAGGAAGGCUAAUCUUGAGAUGGCAAAGAAAAAGCUUAAAGAGGGCAAUGCUGCUGAUGCAGCUGAGUUUUUCCGAAAAGCUAUACAUGUUACUCCAUCAAUGGCAUAUAAACUGAUUCAGAAACUAAGAUCAGAAUCUAUUGAGUUCGUUGUUGCUCCUUAUGAGGCUGAUGCUCAAUUAGCAUAUUUAUCUUCGCGUGAACCUGAUCAAGGUGGCAUUGCUGCUAUAAUUACAGAAGACAGUGACCUCAUAGCAUAUGGUUGCCAAGCUAUUGUAUUCAAGAUGGAUCGUUAUGGAUACGGAGAGGAAAUUAUUAUGGAUAGACUCUUCGACACUGAUUCUGAUGAACUUUCUUUCAAAGACUUUGAUAAAGAAUUGCUCACAGGCAUGUGUGUGCUGGCUGGAUGUGAUUUCCUUCCUUCUAUCCCAGGCAUUGGAAUUAAAAGAGCUUAUUCUCUGGUUGCCAAGUAUAAAAAUUUGGAUCGUGUACUUUCAGUUUUGAAGCUUGAGAAGCGAUAUAAGAUGCCAGAACAUUAUUGUGAUUCUUUCAGAAAAGCAGUAGCAGUCUUUCAGCAUGCUCGUGUAUAUGAUGCUGUAACUCGAGCACUUACGCAUUUGAAACCUUUGGAUGGGGAGCACCUUGAGUUACUAACGGGUGAUCUGGAUCUUCUGGGACCGGAACUCCAGCGGUCAGUAGCUGCUGCUAUUGCAGAAGGAAAGUUAAACCCUAUUACCUUGCAAGAAUUUGAUUACCUCCCAGAAGUGGAAGCAUGCUCGGGUUCAGCCAGCACCCCCUGUUUCAACUCUAUUCCUACCGAUGAACUCAAAAUACCUUUUGAAGAGGAUAGCUGCAUUAUGUUAUUGUCUCAGCCAGCCGACGAGGAGGAUAUUGAAUUAAUCACAAGGGUCGCACAGUUGGAUCCCAUGUAUAUUAAAGAAGCUGUAGCACUAAGCAAGUUGGUUGCACCGAAGGAGUGCCAACGAGUACAAGAGAUUGAACUGAGUGAAACUUCCUUGGUACCUGAUAACAAUCCAUUCAAGAGGAGGAAAAUGGAAAAAAGUGGUCCAGAAAAAAUCAAUUUCUUCAUGCCGGAAUCGCAGAGAAGCAUGCAAUCAAAUCCCGUAACACCACAAGCUGAAAAGGACAAGAUUCAGAAGAAGCCCAAAGUGAAGACAGAGAAAAAACAGAGCUUGAGAAAUGAGAAAAAUGGUAUACUCAAGUUUUUCCAGCGUUUGCUACAAUAACUUAUGUUACAUUUUUCAUCCUCACAUCUUUCUUUAGCACGGCUUUCGAUGUCUUAAGGUUCUGGAGAGCUUUAGGUUGCAGAAUGCCUCCAAAAGUUUGGAAUCAUCUUUUACUAUCUGCCUGACUGCCUUAUUGAUUGGUUCAUUAAGUUAAAAUGAUUAGCCAUUUGGUUGAGUUGUCUUUCAUCUUAGUCACUUGUCUUAUAUGUGAUAUUGCAUGAUCACAUUCAGCCACUAAUACUUGGUGUUGUGUGAUAUCUAACUGGGAAAUAGAAUCACUUCACUGCUCCAUUAAGUAAUCAAUCAUUGAUUCUGUAGACAAUGUAUAAUUUAGCAAUUUUCCAGUGAGGCUUAAGUUUUGAUGUUACGCUAGUUUCACAAGUAUCGAAGAUGAUGAUUAAAAGACCAGACAGACAGCAGGGGUAUUGAAGAUGAUGAUUAGGGAGCUUAGACAAACAUGAGAUCAAAUGUCGAGGUUCUAUUCUCAUCUAAGGUAGCAUUUUCAAUUAGUAUCCUUUCC